AUGACGGCUUCGAUGAAUUCUGGGACUAUUCCUUACUCGCUGCGAAAUUCCGUGUUGAAUGUUCAGGUUCGCAGAUACAUAGAGACUACUUGGAAGCCUAAUCCAUCGCUCUUUGACCCUCGCCAGGCACCAAACCGAUCUAUUAAGCCUUUCAAUGAGCGAACGCGCCUCGUCAAGGGUAGGAACAUGAAUGCACGAAUUAACCAAGAUUGCCCUGCAUAUCCGGUUAUCUCCGUCUUCUCCGACGCCGUCGUUGUCGAGGCUCUCAUCGCCUUGAAGGGACGGAUUCUGCUCGAACUUAUUCAGGAUGACAUCUCUUCUGCGCUAGUGAAGGUGGGGAUUGGACUCGAUGUUUCUAGGCCCGCCCAUUUCCGAAGGACAUUUAGUCGUAUACGGCUUAGCAACGUCCCGUAG